GCCACUGCAUGAAACGGAAACUGGUCAUGAGGAGAAGGUUGACUGCCAAAUGUCCUCAUGGACAUCCUGGUCUGCAUGCGACCGGACUUGUGGAGGUGGCCAAUCGCAGAGACAACGCCAGGUCGAGAGGUUUCCAAAGAACGAUGGAAAGACUUGUCCUCACGAACUCAUUCAAACUCGUGGCUGUACGCUGAAAGCCUGCUUCUCCCAGGAUGCCGAGAUCAGCGACUGGACAGACUGGACCCAGUGCUCCACCACUUGCGGUCCUGCUAACCAGGACCGCAAAAGGCAGGUUCUGGCCCUUCGUGGCGCAGGAGGAGAAGGAAUCACAGCCGAUCUUGCACAAACAAGACCAUGUGUGGGCAACCUUCCUUGCGAGAAGUAUGACUGCCUUUGGCAUGAUUGGUCGGACUGGAGCGAUUGCACAUGCACAUGCGGUGGGGGCCAGAGGACACGAGACCGAUCUGUUCGCCGAAUGCCCAGCCAUGGCGGAAGGCCUUGCGAAGCAAAGGACAAGGAGGAGAUUGAGCCGUGCAACGUGCAGAAAUGCAAGCAUGACAACUGCAUUGAUGGUGAAUUUGGGCCAUGGUCUCGCUGGGGAAUGUGCUCCGCGACAUGUGGCGGAGGAGUCUCGUUCAGGCACAGAGCCAUUGUCCAGGACGCCAAUGAGUGUGGCAGGGAACCAGCGGGCAAGGCUCGGGAAACACGCUUUUGCAAUACUGACGUGGACUGCGAAGCUCCACUAGACUGUCUGUUUGCUCCGUGGUCGCAGUGGACCCCGUGCACACGCACAUGCGACGGUUUGCAGCGUCGCAACAGGCGUGUGGACAGAUUUGGACGCGGCAAGGGGGCGUGGUGCCUGGGCAACCUGAAGGAAACGAGGACUUGCAAUCCUGUGGUGGGAGAAGCCCCAGUGGCAGGAUGCUCCUCGGGCCCUGUGGCAGACUGCCGCUUCUCUAUGUGGGCUGCCUGGUCUGUUUGCAGCGCGACUUGCGAUGGCGGCAUGCAUACCCGCUCAAGAACCAUUGAUGCUGAAGCUGCAAACGGUGGCAAGGCUUGCGAGGGUCCGAUGAGCGAAGUCCGGGAAUGCGGCCGCAAUGAGUGCACGAUGCCAACUCCAAGAGACUGCCAGCUAGGUGAGUGGCGUGAAUGGGGCGCAUGCGGCAAAUGCAACGGCCAACGUUUUCGUAGCCGGAACAUCAUCCAGUAUGCCGAGUAUGGAGGGCUUAGCUGCAACGAAGCAGACACACAAGAGGCGACAUCGUGCCCAAGGCAGUGUCAUGAACCUUCCUAUUGCGUUUGGUCGGACUGGGAAACUUGGAGCAGAUGUUCUGUGAGAUGUGGAACUGGAGGCAAGCGAACGAGAAGACGUUGGCUGGAAAUCACAAAUGACAAGUCACGUGCCCUGGACGUCCUUCCUCCAGUGGAGGAUCUCCUGCAGAAGUACUCAAUCCUGCAUCGACAGACUCAGGAUUUGCAAGACUCCCACAUCUGGGAGUUGCUCUUGGCCUUUGCAGCAGGCUGUGCAGCUUUUGUGGCGCUACUUGGGCUUGGCAUAGCGAUUUCGGGCAACCGGUGUCUCGGCAAAAUUAUGUUGGCCCUGUGGAAGUGUGGUGGAAUGUUUGGCUGCCUUGUUGUGGUUGUCGUUGUCGUUGUUGUUCCACCCUAA